AUGAACAGAGAGGAAAGUGCAUGUGAAAGAGAUGUGGGGUCCUCGCCCACACAGCAGCUCAGUUUACCUCAGGAACUCAAAGACUCAACACAAACCGCCUCCAAGAAGAAGAAAAGAAAAAUGGGCGUAUAUAAUUUUGUUCCCAAAAAGAAACCGAAAGUGUCCAAGAAACCGAAUGUCUCGUUGUUCUCUUCAAAUGCGCAGGAGGAUUCACAUACAGCUGGAUCCAAAGGUGGACAAAUGUCCAUUGAGGAGGCAUUCAAAAAUCGAGUUAGUCCUGAGAAACCAGAGAAACCGACUUCAGCGGCUGAGACAGAAACUGCAGCUGAACCGCCUAAGAACAAGGAAACAGAGGACCUUCCUCAAGGCCACGCUGAAGAAUACACAGAGCUGCCUAUACAUGCUCUGGCUCAUGAAAGCAUGUUCACAGCAAUCCCCACAGGUUUGCCGAAGGAUAAAGAGAACAUGGAGGCUGAUGACUCGCUGGAACCUCCACUGUGCAGCUGUCGCAUGGAGGCACCGAAGAACCAGGAUGUAGUAACUCUUGCUGAGGGCAAGUGCAUGGCUGUAGAGAGUGUUGAUGGAAAGCUGAGUUUAUGUCGGAAGGUGAUUCUGAA